AACUUAUUAUUUGUCGACUCCAGAUCCCAGGGCCAGGUCAGGGUCACAAGGGGCUGGGACUUUUCUGUCUCAUCUCAUUCGGGUUUCGAGUCGGAAGCUGUUUUUUUGUGGCGAGGAAGAGCUAGACUGCGCGAUGGCCGAAAAGAUGUCCUGCGACUUCGAGAUCAAGGGCCAGGUCCCCAAGGAUGCCUUCGAGAUGUUCGCCGUGGCCCAGGCCAAGACCCUCGGGCUCCGGGGCUACAUCACCCAGAUCAGCGAGGACACCUACAAGGGCGUACUGCAGGGCGAGGGAAAGGUCAUCGAGGCCUUCCAGAAGCUGAUCACCACUGCCGGCGAGUACGUGGCCGCCAUCAAGGAGUUCGUCAUAAAGAACAUGAAGGCCAUCCAGGAGUACACCUACAAGAACUUCGAAGUUCAGUUGAAGAAAUAGGACUGAGGACGAGGGAAAUCCCUAAACCAUAUAUAUUUUUUUAGAAAAAAGUUUAAAAUUAUUAGUGGCAUCUCUUAACCAUU